UCGUCGAUUCCUUUCCGUUUUUGGCUCUCUCUCUCGUAUCUCUCCUCUUUACUCCUCUAUAGAGAAGAGAACUGUUUAGUUAUUUAUUAUUAUUUAUUAUUUUAUUUUAUUCAAUAUAUAUUAAUAUUAAUUUUGAAAAAAAGUUGGUGUGGGGAAAAUAAUAAUAAUAAUAAUAAUUAUAUUAUUAUUGUUUUUAUAUACAUACAUUUUAAAAAGGGAGGGGUUUGGGAAAUGGCGGAGGAGGCGAUCGAGAUCGCCGGAGAUCGCGGCGGGCGAAGGGCGGCGGCGGCGGAGUAUAGGAGGGAGGUGAGGGAGCUCGUCGAUCUCCUCUCGAACCUCAACCCUUCCGCGGAGGAGUUCGUGCCCUCGUCGCGCUCUUCGCAUGGCGGCGGCGGCGGCGGCGGCGGCGGGAGGAGGACGACGAGGAGCGGUGGAGCGCUCUCCGCCGAGGCGGCGCCGCUGUUCAUGGCGCCGCACGAUUACUACGCCGCGCAGAUGAUUAACGCGUGGUUUCACGAUGCAGCGGCGAUAAACGAUGGGGGAUUGAACGAUUGGGGAUUGCGAGAUCAGUAUUCUCGGAGGAGUAAAAGUAGUUACAGUGAGAGAAGGAGGAGAUCGAGUGUUAGUAGUAUUCAAAAAGCUCAGAGGGAGGACUCCAUCAAAAAGACUGUUUAUAUAUCCGAAAUCGAUCGGCAGAUCACUGAAGAGCAACUCGCGGCGUUAUUUAGUAACUGUGGGAAAGUGGUCGAUUGCCGAAUUUGCGGGGAUGCAAACUCAGCUCUUCGAUUUGCAUUUGUAGAGUUUGCAAGUGAGAAUGGUGCAAGAGCUGCAUUAAAUCUUGGCGGUACUAUGCUUGGUUACCAUCCUGUCCGGGUCUUACCUUCGAAGACUGCCAUUCUGCCCGUAAAUCCUACAUUUCUUCCACAGUCUGAGGAUGAAAGGGAAAUGUGUACAAGGACAGUGUAUUGCACUAACAUUGACAAGAAGGUUACGCAGAACGAUUUAAAGUCUUUCUUUGAGUCAAACUGUGGUGAGGUGUCCCGUUUAAGGCUUCUUGGAGAUCGGGUACACUCAACUCGCAUCGCAUUUGUUGAGUUCGCUGAGGCAGAAGGUGCACUCGCAGCUCUGAGUUGCAGCGGCUUAUUUGUUGGGAAUCUUCGUGUCAGGGUAAGCCCUUCGAAAACCCCAGUUAGACCCCGCACGCCUCGCUCGGCGAUGGCGGAUUAAUUUGAAGGUUUGAUUUAUUCCACCAUAGAGUCGACGUCGAUGUCGACCUUACUCUCCGAAGAUCAAUAUUACCAUCAUCAUGAGCAAUGUGAGCUUUUCAGCCGAGGAACGGUGUUGCUACCGAUUAAUUCUGUUAUUUGCCAAAAGUUUGUCGCUUUGAAUCUAUUUUUGAUUUUUGGAGUGGAUUAUCAUCCUAAUUUUAUUCUUCUUUUUUUAUUUUUCUUUUGCACCGAAGAACAAUGUUUUAAAAACUUUCUGAGUUUCAACUCUACUUAGUUUCAUUUUCCAUUUGCAUAGUAGGGUGAGAAGUCCAUUGAGGGGUUGGCCCGAGGUUUUCUCUCUUCUUUUUCUCAUCCUUUUCUCUUUUUGUUUCGUUUUUUUUUUUUUUCAAGAUAUAAGGUCAGAUCAUUGCCAGUUUGUAGACUGAACCUUACUAUUAUUUUUUUUUAUCUUUAUUGCAAAAACUUUAAACCAUC